ACCUCCUUUCAAGCACCUCAUCGUAUCUUCUCCUCCCUACAUAUAUCUUGCAUGUCCAUGCAUGUUUCAGUAGGCAUGGAUACCAGAAGAAGCAUGCCAUCUCUCUCUCUCCUCCUCUUCUUCAUCCUUUCUCUCAAGGCCCACCUCUCCAAUGGUUUAGAUUCCAUCACCCCAACUCAACAUCUUAGUUGGCCCCAUAACCUAACCUCCCAAGGUAGGAUAUUUGAACUGGGUUUCUUCACACCAGGCAAAUCCCAGAAGUACUACAUAGGCAUCUGGUACAAACAGAUCUCAGAACAAACAGUUGUCUGGGUAGCUAACAGAGAAAAGCCCCUCCCAAAUCCCUCCAAUUCAAUCCUAACAAUUGCAGAAGAUGGCAAUCUAGUCCUCCUCAGCACCUCGAAAUUUCCAAUCUGGUCCACCAAUCUAACAUCCAAGCCGUUGAACUCGACUGUUGUGGUCCUCCGAGAUGAUGGAAAUCUAGUUCUGAGAGACCGGUCCGAUCCGUCUGUCCUGCACUGGCAGAGCUUUGAUCACCCAACUCAUACAUGGCUGCCUGGAGGGUGGCUUGGUUUGAACAAGGUGACGAAGGAAAACCAACGGCUUACUUCAUGGAAGAACUCCGAAGAUCCGGCCCCUGGGCCAUUCUCUCUCUCAAUAGACCCGAACCGAAGCACGCAGUAUUUUUUGAUGUGGAAUGGGACUCAAAAUUACUGGACUAGUGGGGAUUGGGAUGGAAAUAUUUUCAACUUAGUACCCGAAAUGACAUCGAAUUAUAUAUACGAUUUCAGCUUCAAUGAAACCAAAGAGAGGAAGUUUUUCACAUACUCGGUGAGAAAUGAUUUCAUCCUUUCAAGAUUCGUGAUGGGUUUUUCAGGCCAAAUUCAACAGUUUUCAUGGCUGAAAAACUCACAUUCAUGGAAUCUGUUCUGGUCUCAGCCAAGAUCUCAGUGUAAGGUUUAUGCUCUUUGUGGGGCCUUUGGGAGCUGCAAAGAGGAGAGCUCGUCGUUCUGUACGUGCUUGCAGGGUUUCGAGCCAAAGUCUCCGAAUGACUGGAAUUUGAGUAGUUGGUCAGGUGGGUGCAAGAGGAAAACUCCUUUGAGGUGUGGGCAGAAUGUGUCUUUUGAUGGUGAGAAAGACAGGUUUUGGAAUUUGUCCGGCAUGAAGCUGCCAGACCACAAUCGAUCUUUGGCAGUUGGGAGUGACAGAGAAUGUGAAUUGGCUUGCUUAAAUGACUGUUCUUGCACUGCUUAUGCUUUCAAGAGCAGGUGUUUGAUAUGGAAUGGAGAAUUGUUAGAUCUGAAGCAGUUGUCUGGUGGAAAUGUUGACGAAGGCACUCUUCAUCUCCGUCUUGAUCCCUCUGAAAUGAAGUUUUCGGUCAGUAGGAAGGGAACCAUUACAUGGGCUGUUGUAGGCGCAGUUGCAGGAGCUGUUUUUCUAUUGGGUAUUGCACUGUUUUUUAUUUGGAGGCGACGGUGGCAACUGAAUAUGGUAUGUUCGGAUGCAGUUCAAGGCUCUUUGACUGCAUUUAGCUACCGAAGUCUGCAGAUGGCAACGAAGAACUUCUCAGAGAAAUUAGGCGGUGGAGGUUUCGGUUCUGUUUUCAAAGGGACUUUACCUGAUCAAACAACUGUGGCAGUGAAGAAGCUUGAAGGGCUUCGGCAAGGAGAAAAGCAGUUCCGGACGGAGGUUAGCACAAUCGGGACGAUCCAACACGUUAAUCUCAUCCGCCUUCGUGGGUUUUGCUCGGAAAUGGCUAAAAGGCUGCUUGUCUAUGAUUACAUGCCAAAUGGGUCUUUGGAUUCUCAUCUGUUUGGUAAGAAUUCCAAUGUCCUGGAUUGGCCAACGAGGUAUCAGAUUGCGAUUGGGACGGCAAGAGGAAUAUCUUAUCUUCAUGAGAAAUGCAGAGACUGUAUCAUACAUUGCGAUAUUAAGCCAGAAAACAUACUUCUGAAUGGUGGGUUCUGUCCCAAGGUGGCUGAUUUUGGUCUGGCAAAGCUUGUUGGACGGGAAUUCAGUCGGGUUUUAACAACCAUGAGAGGAACAAGAGGCUAUCUUGCUCCUGAAUGGAUUUCAGGCCUUGCAAUCACGCCAAAAGCCGAUGUCUACAGCUAUGGGAUGAUGGUUUUCGAGAUCAUUUCAGGGAGGAGGAAUACAGAGCAAUCGGCGGUUGGGGAAACAGUCUUUUUCCCGAUUUGGGCUCUGAGAAAAAUCAUGGAUGGUGAAAUCCAUUGCUUGUUGGAUUACAGAUUGGAGGGAAAUGCGAACAUGGAAGAGCUUGGUCGAGCUUGCAGAGUUGCAGGCUGGUGCAUUCAAGACGACGAGAAUGACAGGCCGUCUAUGGGGCAGGUUAUUCAAAUCUUGGAGGGUGUUUUGGAAGCAAACGUCCCACCGGUACCGAGAUCGCUUCAGAUUCUCGCAGAAAAUCAGAACGUGGUUUUCUUCUCCAACUCUUCACCGGCGGCUUCUCAAAGCUCUGAACUGCCAAGCAAUUCAUCAACGAAUUCACAGUCCAAAAGCGUGUCGUCAGCAAGUUCCAAGGAGUAGAGAUUGUCAUGGAGAGAUCUCAACAUCUCAAAUUCCAAUUCAAAUCAUCGCGCAGAAAUUAGUUUCUUAUAGUAGCUCUGUCUUCUUCAGUUUCUCUCUAUAUAUAGGCCACGUUUGGAUGUUCAAUUGAAUUCAAUCGUGAUAUUUCAGUUGAACAGGGCAGAUGUUGGUUCCCUAUUUGAGGUUUAGAUUGUUUUAGGUCCAACUUGAAAUCAUGGAACUAAGUUACUUGUUCUGUAUCUACAGAUUAUCACGUUUCAGUUGAAUUGAGUAUCCAAACGCGCUAUAGGUUUCUUUGAAAUCCUUUGGUUAUAACAGCAACAUGCGAUUGUCCUGUUUUAUAUUACUAUUGGGGUUCUAUUAUUUUGA